AUGCCUGACUACAACAAUUCUAUCCUUGCCUCAGCAGAAGUUUUCAAUCUCUCAGAUCAGUAUCCCCCACUGUGGAAUGAGAGUCCUGGUCAGUUCAGUGACUACAGUAUGGAGAAUGGAAAGUACAUUAUUGAUCCCUGGGUAUACCCUAAGAGAAUGGGCAUGUACAAAAUCCUCCUGAACAAGACAGCCAGUUAUUUUGAAAAAUUCGCACCAGAUAAUGAACAAAAUUUUUUAUGGGGAUUACCUUUGCAGCAUAGCUGGCAGUUUAUAACAGGCAGAUUGGUUGAUCCCACCCGAAAGACAGACUGUGGCUAUGAAUCUGGAGAUCGUUUGUGCAUCUCUGUAGACAGUUGGUGGGCUGAUAUGAAUUACUUUCUGUGUGCACUGCCCUUCCUUGCUGCGGUUGAUUCUGGCAUAAUGGGGAUAUCAUCAGAUCAAGUGCUGCUUUUGCCACCACCCAAGGACCAGACAAAGUUUUGUCUUAGUGUUUCUAGCUGUCAGUCCUCCUUUCCUUCGACGAUGAGGAAGUGGAAAGCCCUUUACAAGCAUUUGCAGUCACCUUCUAGUAGCUUCGAGGACUUACUGAAGUACUUGUGGGAGGCACACGUCUCAAGCUUGAAAGACGGUUACAAAAUUUUUGAAGACAGGUUAGACUAUUAUUCUAAACCAGAAGCAGGUUUUGGGAAAGAUUGGUGCGUGGUUUUGGACUAUCUAGCUGCAGCCAGCUUUCCCACGAUCUUUAGUACGGUAUCUGAGUUCCAGAAGGCCCUGCCACCAAGAGUGCUUGUGGAUGGGGACAGAGCUCCCUUCAUCAGCGACUUUACUGACCUUCAGAACAUAGUCCUGCUUGGUCUAAAGCUUCUUCAUGAAGUGGAUAGCGCGACAGUGGCAAGAGAAUUAACUGCCCACGCGAGCUCCCAACUAAAACACAGACAAGCGGAGGCGCUCCAAGGAGUCGAGCAAGCACAGGCGGGCUGCGCCAACGCCCCCGCCGCCCGGGCGCAUCCUGCAGACGGCCGGCAGGUGUGCGCGGUGCGCGCGCGCAGUGCGUGCCGGGUGCGGGUCCAGGGAGCAGACGGGCUGCCGGGCGCCUGGCGGAGGGUGGUUGGCUGGGCGGGUGUCGGCCUCCCCGCCUCCCUCCUCUCUGCUCGCGCCUGCCGGGGAUGCUCGUGCGCGGCCCCCUUGCCUGGAAGCUCGCGGCCCCGGGGGGGCGGCGUGUGUGAGUAG